AUGUCUCCCCUCUACGACCGACAGAUGUCGGCUUCCAGCAUUUCGUUUGAUAAUAGCGCCGAUCGAAGCUACUCUCGCUCGCCCUCACGCACAGGAAACUCGAGUACCGAUCUUUCCAGCGGCUCAUCCCGUGGCCAUCACUCGAAUGCGUCCUCUGCAUCCUUCGGCGGCAAAGGCGGCGCUCCUAUGCAUGCCAUCAUGCUUCCCGGCGUUGUUGCGCCUUCUGUCGAUCGUCCCCACCCUGACUCGCCCUUCUCACAAUGGGAAGCUUACAUCGUUAACCAAGCUCAACAGUGGUCCGAUAAGCGUGCAAAGGUAGUAGCAUCACCACCACCCACCAACAACUCGCGAAUCGUAUGGGCUGAUCAGAUUUGCAAGUCGGCUCCUCAGUCUCACCCAUUCACAUAUACAAAGGCUCGUGAUCGUGUUGCUAGUCUUCCUCCUCAACGUCCACCUCCGCCCAACCCAUGCGGUGGUCUCCUUCUCGAUCUCCUCCGCAGCAGUGUUGACAUUGCAAAAAGCAGUGAUGCCCCGCCUGCUUCUGAACGGCCCAGCAUCUCGUCGCCCAUUCUGCCCAAGUCGAUUCUCAGCACAGUCCCAGCAUCUCCCGCCUUCCAGGGCCAUGUUUACGCUCCAACUGCUGUUCCCGCCGCUGGAUUCCACCAGUCUUUCCACAAUCGAUCGGUGACUAACCCUGCGCAAGUACCACGCAACGUUGAGUCGCACGCUUCUUCCAUCCGCUGUCUCUCGCCGCUGCCGCUCUCGCUUCCUGGUGACGACUCUUCGCCUUCGCUCCUCAACAAUCUCGACGAGCGAGCUUCCUCUGCUACCACCUUUUCUGGUCGUGCACCUGGCCCCUCCGAGUUGCUCGAUAGGCCGCUUCCAGCCCUGUACCGCGCAGGGAACGCCAGCACUCCUUCCAUUGCCGACACCUACUCACACCACUCCCAUCGUUCGUCGUGGGCCAGCUCUGUCGACUUGGACCCAGCCAUCAUCUGCACGCCUCCCCUCUCGCACGACGGAUGGCAGGAGCAGCCACAGGCUUCUCGACCUCCCUUCCUCGAUGAGUACGAUUUGGACCAGGAUACGGACGAGAGCGAGAACGAGGACAGCGCAUACUCUCACGAGACCAACUUGUCCCCACACCAAGCCAUCCAAGACCAGCAGCACCAGCAUCAGCAGCUGUCUCCCGAGCCUGUCUUCCAACGUCUUGAAGCUGGCUUGCUUUCGCAUGCAGGUCAUGCUGAUGACAUGCACAGCAAGCCACGUUUAGGCCCUGAUGGCAGCCCGCUUCCUUGCCUCGAGAUCUCAAGCCUUCCACGCGAGAAGGAGAGUGAGAUUCGCAAUGCACGUGCUCGCCUCAUCAGCCCUGUCUCGUUCAAAAAGGCUCUCUCCAUCAAAAGCAAGGGCUCUGCUUCCGGUUCCGAUUCUGGCUCUCGCGGCCCAGGUUCCCCUUCGAUAGACUCAACUCCUAGCCUUCCCAACAGCAGCUCCGAGGAAAUUGGCAAAAUCAGCGAGCCUACCACACCUGCAGCUGCAGUUUCGCGCAUGCCUCCCCAGUUGCCCACCCUGGUGACACAGGACAUGGAGUCGUGGGCUGCCGCUAUCCCAGCUGAAGCCCGACCCAUCUCUCCCGUCAAGUUCCUCGCCUCUCCUAUUCCUGAAGCACCUCUCAUGCAGAUGUCGCCAUCCAUCGAGUCCGAGGCUUACCUUCCAACCCUGGACUCUACUCACAGCUCCUCAUCGGCACAACCGCUUUCACUCGCAUUCAGCAACUCCCCUGGCACCCUCACUUCGAGAUCGUCCAUUGAUGGUCGAUCUUCGCUCAACUCAAACACCAACGACAGCAGCCUCACCGGCCGUAGAAAGCAUCGCGUCGCCACUCCAGGCUUGACCAAGUUGUCCGCAUCGCAAACCGUCGCUGCUGCGCCCACAUUGGACCCUCACCUUGCUCGUGGCAACAACACACAUGCACAAUCCAGCGGCAGUGCCAGCUCGCACAAUCCUUCCCUCACGCUCAGCAACACUUCGUCGGCAGGUCGAAGAGUCUCUCGCAGGAUUGAUCGAAGCCGUAUCACUAACUCUAUGCCUAGCUUUGCCGAUAUGGCUAGCUCGCUUAUUGUCCCUGUUAGCAACCAGAGGCGCUUCUCUAACCGAAGCCUUUCGAGUGAAGGAUCGAUCGACAAUCACAGCAACGCUUCUAAUGGCUCUAGCUACGCCAAAGUUGGAGGCUCGUCGGAUGAAGGCGUGCCACCCAUGUCCCCGAGCCUGCCUGCGCCGAAGGGUGUAUUGAAGAAGCGUUCACCUUCCGAGGUGUCUUCACUGCUGUCGCCGAAGAAGGAGGUCUCGUUUGAUUUGCCUGCUUCUUCAAGCUUUGGUGUUGUUGCUGAAGACUCGGAGGAAGAGCAAGUGCAAGUGCUGGAGCAUGAGCAGAGGCAGCGCCGUCAUCUCAAGCUGCCUCCAAUGAAGCUGCAGGCUGCUCCUGCCAACCGAGACAGCGUGAGCAAGGAGGAAACAGCAAGCGCCGAGGCAAUCCAGAGCUGUACGCUCAGCCAGGACGAUCUUGACGUCCUCACCUUUCUCUCGUCCUUCGGUCGCGAGCUGAAGACGAUCGAAUCGCUCGAGGUGCUGGACACUGUCCAGGCAGGAACGAACGAGUGGCCUAAACGCGGAGACUGGCAUUCACUCUCAGCCUAUCUUAUGGCCUACGCUAUCACUUUCCUCUCUGUCUACAGUGACGACAGUGCUACGCUUGUCUACUCUGCCGAACGCGCACCCAGAAAAGCUUGGAGCGAGGCAAAGAAGACCGUCUCUGCUCCCAUUUUGAGCAGCAACGCGCUCUACACCUCACUAGUCCGCAGCGUUGUUCGCAUUGCUAGUUGGGAACAGCCACUUGUGUCGGCGGGUGUGUCCUCGGCAUACGCUUACAGCUGGGCUAAGGGUAGACUUGCAGCGAUGACUUUCGUGGGGCUUGCACUUUUGGUUGCUACUCAGGGCGCUCAGUCCAGCUCCUCGACCGCCGCAUCCGAAUCGGAAGAGCUCAGUGAAGCAUACAAUCGAAUCGCCAAUGUCCUUUUGGGAUCGUCCGAAACGCACAAACGAAUGCGCAACCUCCUCCUCUGGCGCUUCCCGCGUGCUUCGCUCCGAUUCACAGGCUUGCUCCUCACUGCAGCCCUGAUUGCAACCCGAGUCGAUAGCAGCUUCAUGCUUCAGCUUCCAGGUCUUUUCUUCGGUCUAGUUUUGUUCGUUUGGCUACCGAUCGUACUGCACCAACCCAACUGGGUUCCUGCUUCGCUCAGCACAGUCAACCCAAUCGACAUGCUGUUGUACGACGUCCCCACAGACGCCCAGCACGCCAUCCUUACUCUCCGUCGUCGCGCAGCUAGUGGAGAACAACUGAUUCAUCUCCCCACACCCCCUACCCGCACUUCUUUGCCCUCUCUCUCACCCACAGCAUUCGAUCAUCGGAUGUCAGCACAAGAACUCAUCCACGUCUCUGACAUCCUCGAAUCCUCCCAUUUCGCCUUCUUCCACAACCAAGCUGGCCAUUUUAUCGUGUUGGCUUCCAGGGUUAUUUUCCGUACUCUUGCUGGAAAGAUUGCGCCAGAUGAACCCAUUAGCUUACUCGAUGAGCUUGUUCGAACGCAAGAUGGUGGUAGCCCUGGGUGCAAGAUCACUCUAGAUGCAAGGCUGGACAAGUUGGUGAGAGUGGAGAAGACCGAGGUAGGAGGGUUGAAAAUGAAGUUGAAGAAUGGUCAAGUGUUUGAUGUGGAGAAGGUCGAGAGAAGGGAUGGAGCUUUUAAUCUGUUGAUGGCGUUGGCUCCACAGAAGUGGUAUUAA